UGGACAACCCAACCAGCCUCUUGGGGGCAGGCGUGUGUUACCUCCAUACACUUCAGUAGUCAGAAUAUGGAGAACUUCUCACUCCUCAGCAUUUCUGGACCUCGAAUCUCUUCCUCUGCUCUGAGCACUUUUCCUGAUAUCACGUCCUCACGUGCCACCAGCUUGCCAGGCAUUGCGAAGACUGUGUCUCCUACUGAGGCGUCCAGCCCAGCUCAGGCCCUGCUACCCCAGUACCAAAGCAGCGCUCUCCGGCAUGGGGUGCACAACACGGUGCUCUCACCAGGCUGCAUCUUGGGGGACCCCCCAAACAGAGAGAAGCUGAGGUGGAACUGCACCAUCUACCGGCCCUGGUUCUCCCCUUACAGCUACUUUGUAUGCAAGGACAGAGAGAGCCACCUGGAGACAUACAGCUUCCCAGAGGUGCAGCGGGACGAGGGCAGGGGGGACAACUGCCUCCCAGAGGACAUGGCUGAGAGCAUCUGCUCGUCCUCCUCCUCCCCAGAGAACACCUGCCCCCAAGAGGCCACCAAGAAAUCCAGGCACGGCCUGUAUUCCACAGACUACAUCACAACCCAGGACAUCCUAAUGGCCUCCAAGUGGUACCCAGCCCAGCAGAACGGCUACAAGUGUGCGGCCUGCUGCCGUAUGUACCCAACGCUGCACUCCCUCAAGAGCCACAUCAAGGGGGGCUUCAAGGAGGGUUUCAGCUGCAAGGUGUACUAUCGCAAGCUCAAAACUCUCUGGGGCAAGGAGCAGAAGGGCCGGCUGGGAGACAGGCUUUCCUCAGGCAGCUGCCAGGCCUUCAAGUAGGCCUGCUGGGUGGCGGCAGCUGUCUUGUUAGCGGACAACGCUUUAGGUAAACAGGGGAUGAUGUCUAUUUAUGUCUCUACAGAGAGGCCAAUAAACCAAAGUUAGUGACAGCCUU